AACACGCUUCCUGACUCACAGGAGCAGUCACUGUCCCAACAGGUUUAUACAAGGAAAGUCUUACGAAGAAUUAUAAAGGAAAAUGCUUUUAAGGAAAGUUUCUUUGGCAGCAUAUGUCAAAUAAACUCCUUUAGCGAGAGGUUCCCAGACAGGUGCUCAAAUUAUCAGCCUGCAGUGAAUUGAUAAAAUGACAGGGUGGUGAUGUUUUUCUAUAAAAUUACACUUAUUUUCCAGGCUAAAUUGUAUGUUUUUGGAGAUGAUGGUGGCAGUAGAUUUUAUGUAUUUUCUGUAUGUUUUACUUGGCAAAGCAAAAUGGUGGCAACCUCUUAUUGUUUGGUUGCCUUUCAACACCUCUUCCCCUGCCCCCAGUCACACACUUAAUUUUGGAAAUCAUGUCUUGAACUAAAAUAAAUAAUUUAGAAGUUGUUUGAUUACACUCACUUAUCUGAUGAAGUAGGAUGUCGGAAGUAAAUUGGGGAGAAAUUCUUCUGGAAAUAUCAGAAACGUCUGCCGUGAAGUUCAACUUCAGAGCUGAGUUUUUACUUUGUAAAAGAGUUUUGCUUGGCUCUUUGAAUAUCCAGAGGUUACUGAACAGGAAACCAAAAGGAGUAUGUGCGUAUUGAGGAAUGAUUUCUAAAAAGGGAGAUUGGCUGGCCUGACUCUGUGCAGUAGAUUUAAGAACCCCACCUUAACUGUAGUGACAGGUAGUCAGUAGUAGUUUGUGUCCUCAUCCCGUUUUAACUAUUAAAUAUCCUGUACCGUUUAUUAAUCUCCCUUGUGCCCAGCUCAUGAAUUAAGUGUCAGGCAGUGAUAGGCCAGACCAUGGGGCGGCUAGUGGUGGAUGAAAUGAAGACAUGGCUUGACCUGAUGACCAGGCCCUCUACGGGCCUUGAUUAGCCCCAGGGAGCUUUGUGAGUUAGAAAUCUCCCCACCUUCAGGUUGAGCUAGAAUCAGGGAGGCCACAAAUUUCAGUUAAUCCCACUGGUGAAGAGACCUUACGGUGCGUCCCCACACACGUUUGCCCUUCAGUAGCAGCCAGAUUUCAGGCUGACGCUGGCGGUCCAGGCCAAAUAGACCCGCUGAACUCCUUGCCUCUUAGAAUUCAGAAUCUGCAUUCACACUGACCAUCUUCCCAGUUCCUCAGUGCGCUGUGUUCUUCCUCAGCUUCUCGCCUUUCCUAGAUUGUUUCCUGGGUGUCAGCUGCUCCUUCCUGCCUUUUCCACUGGAGUCCUUCCCGAAGGCACUCCACUUGUGAAUAUCCCCACACUCCCCCAGACAGAUAGUAGUUUUAUUCCAUAAUAAACAUAAUGUAAAAUGUGCCUUGCCUUCAGGGGAUUUAUAAUCUAGUUAAGGAGAAGAGAUAAAAUAAUGGAAAUUUGAUAACUCAUAGUCUGGUGCAGAAAUGGUGAUAAAUUUACACCUGCAUCUACUUGUGUGCCGUCAUCUGAGUGCUGUAACCUGCUGUUUUACGUAACGAUGACAACAAGCUUGUAAAAUAGAUGUGCAUUUUUCAGAUGAGGAAAAUGAGACUUUAAGAGACAGAUUAGGUGAGAAUACCUGGAGCUGGGACUCAUCUGUAUUUGUUAUGCUUCAGAGUCUGUGGUUAUGUGCUAUGUCCUUAGGCAUAAAUGUGAAAGGACAUGGUGAAGGAUCUAAACAAUAGCUUGUUUUAGCAAGAAUACCACAAGAAUGAUUAAUUGCCAAAUGCAUUAUGCAGGAAUGGGAAGAGGUCUCUUUAGGCUGAGGUGGGCAUGUUAUGUUAUCUGAAUGUAUUGUGAGCGAUUGCCAUGUCAGUAAAAAUAUUAAAACAUCGUUUUUAAUUGGCUCCAUCAUACUCCUUUUUAUGGUUAUACCAUAACCUAUUUAAGUUAUUACCAGUUUCUGUUUUAGAUAGGACUGCAGUCGGGGUGCUCUUGUAAAAUUAACUUCUGAAUGUAGGAUUCAAAAGGAGUCUUUUGAACACUUUUAAGAUUUUUAAUAUCUAUUGUUAAACAUUUGCUUUUGGGAAGAUUGUACAGAUGUACAGUGGGCCACAAAUAGUACUUACUGUACUUUGCCCUUUGUAGCUCUGAGUAUUAUAAGAAGCCUUUACUAAUUUAAUAGGUCAGAAGGGGUUAUCUGGUUUUAAUUCGAGUGUCUGGUUACUGGUGUAGGUGGAACUGUUUUCAUGUUUUAUUGCUAUUUAAAUUUGUUUUGUGAAUUAUCUUUUUGCAUUCUUUGCUUAUUUUCCUGUUGAUGUCUUUGGGUUUUUCUUGCCAGAUUUAGUGAGCCUUUUAUAAAUUCAGGACAAUGUGUUCUUUUUCUCCAUUUUAGCUUUUAAUAUGGCUUAGUUUUUAAAAAAUAUAUUAGCGUUUUAAAUGUUCACACAGUUAAAUCCUAAAAAAAUUUUUUUAAUGUUUAUUUAUUUUUAUUUUUUUUUAACAUUUUAUUUAUUUUUGAGAGAGACAGAGACAGAGUCUGAGCCGGGGAGGGGCAGAGAGAGAGGGAGUCACAGAAUCCGAAGCAGGCUCCAGACUCCUGGCUGCCAGCACAGAGCCCGGCGUGAGGCUCACACUCACAAACUGUGAGAUCAUGACGUGAGCCGAAGUUGAUGCUUAACCGAUGGAGCCACCCAGGUGCCCCCACAUAGUUAAGUCUUUUAGUUUUCUUCCAUUUAUUAAAGCUAGAGAGUCCAACACAUGAAAUUAAGGGAAAAUAAUUUUAGACCCAUUUUCUGGAAAAAUAACAAAUAUUUAUUUAUUUGUAAAUAUUUAUAACAUAACAUAAAUAUUUAUAAUCUAUAAAUAAGUAUUUAUAACAUAAAUAUCAUUUUCUGUGAUAUUUUCUGGAAGAUUACUGUAGGCUACAUGCAAGCUGUAAAGGAGCUUAUAAUAUGGGCUUUAUGUAUUUUUACAUCAUUGGAAACCUUCUUGCAGUAAGUUGUGCACAUAGUAGGUCCUAACUGUCGAUGGAAUGAAUAAGAGUUAAUUCAAUGAAUUAUCACUGAUAACCACUUCAGUAAAUUUCACUGGUUCUUGGCACCUUUUCCUCUGGAUUCUCUGUAUGCACUCAUUUUCUGAGAACUAGUGAACUAAUAAAAAGACACAGGAGUGCCCUUUCUUUUAGGCGUAUAUUUCUACUGCUUUUUUGCAUCACUGGUACUAUAUGUUACAUGCCUGGUAAGAGCUUUGUUCCUGGAAAUGGUAUUUGAGUGAGAGUUAAUGUAGAGCCUGUCGUAAUAUCCCAGUUUCCCUUGUUUUAGUAGAAAUAUUCGAUUGCCUUCCUCUCAGAUCCUGCUAGUUUGCUAGUGCUUUUUCAUUUUUUCUUUCAGAAUUUGAAUAAGUGAUUAAAUGAGUUAAUUUGGUAUGUGGAGAUCUGUACCAUACAGUUUUCCAAAUUUAUUACUGUUCACAGUUUCUUUAAGAAAUGAACAGGUGAGAUAGACUUUCUUGGUAUUAAGGUGCUAAAAGCUUGUACUAACCUUAGUGUAUAUAUAUUUGAAUUCUGGACUAUCGAAAGCAUUGCACAUCUAAUUGAUCAGAAAGUAGUCAGAAUUGUAAUUUACAUGGAGCAUAAGAGAACUAUAGGAGUAGGGAUCUUGCUUUUAUUGUUUUGUUUUGUUUUGUUUUUUAAAUAGCUUUCUGUGCAUCAGGAAGUCUCUGAUUCACAUCCAGGUGUUCCCCCCAACCCCAAGGGGAAAAAAAAAGCAAAAGAAAUAAAGUAGCUUUAUUGAGAUAUAAUUCAUAUACCAUAUAAUUCACCUAUCUGAAGUGUCCAGAUCAAUUGGUUUAAUACUUUCACGGUUUAAUACAUCUGUGAGUGUAUAUGUAACCACUACCACACUCAAUUUUAGAGCAUUUUAAUCACCUCAAAAAGAAACUCUACACCCUUUAGCUAUUGCCACCCUCAAAUCCCCAUGCCCUUCAACCCUAAGUAACCAUUAAUCUGCUUUCUGUCUCUGGAUAUUUGACUGUUCUAAACAUUUUAUAUAAAUUGAAGGAUACAACAUGUGGUCUUUUGUGAUUGACUUCUUUCCCAUAGCAUAAUGUUUUCAAGUUUCAUCCAUGAUAUUCCAUGUAUCAGUCUUAAUUCCUUUAUACGGCUGAAUAAUAUUCCUUUUAAAGGAUUUAAUAUAUUUUGUUUAUCCAUUCAUCAUUUGAUUAACAUCGAGUUGUUUCCACCUUUUGGCAUUAUGAAUAAUGCUGCUAUAAACAUUCAUACACAAGUGUUUGAGUGGACACGUGUUUUCAUUUUUCUUGGGUAAAUACUUAGGAUUGCAACUGUUCCAUCGUAUGUUUUCCAGUGUGACUGUACCAUUUAACAUUCCCACCAGCAGCUUAGGAGAGUUCUGAUUUCUUCACCUCCUGGCCCACACUUGUAAUUAUCUAACUUGUUGAUUAUAACUAUCCUACUGGGUAUCCAGUGCCAUCUUUUGGUUUUGAUUUACAUUUUCCUAAUGGUGGUGAGCAUCUUUUCAGAUGCUUGUUAGCCAUUUACAUAUCUUCUUUAGACAAGUGUCUAUUCAGAUCCUAUCUCCAUUUUUAAAUUGGGUUCUCUGUCUUUUUAUUACUGAGUUAUAAGAGUUCUUUGUAUAUUCUUGAUGUGUCCCUUAUCAGAUAUAUGAUUAGCAAAUAUUUUCUCUCGUGCUGUGGAUUAUCUUAUUCACUUUCUUGAUAGUGCCUUUUGAUGCACAAACAUUUUAAAUUUUGAUGAAGUCUAAUUUAUUUUUUUCCUUUGUUGCUCAUGCUUUUGAGUCCGUAUCUAAGGAUCCAUUGCCAAAUCUGAGGUCCUACAAAUUUACCCCAGUUUUUGGGUGAGAGUUUUAUAAUUUUAGCUCUUACAUUUGGAUCUUUGAUGCAUUUUGAAUUGAUUUUUGUAUAUAGUGUGAGUUAAGGGUGCAUCUUCGUUCUUUUGUAUGUGGUUAUCUGUUUAUCCGAGCACCAUUUGCUGAAAAGACUCUUCUUUCCCCAUUGAAGGUCUAGGCACUUUUGUCAAAAGUCCGUUAAGUUUAUAUCUGGACACUCAGUUCUGUUCCAUUGAUCUAUGUACCUAUCAUAUGCCAUAACCACACUGUCUUAAUUAUUGUUACUUUUGUAGUAAUUGCAACAGGAAAUCGGGAAGGUGAGUCCUUCAACAGUAGUCUUUAUGGGAUUGUUUCGGUUACCUUUAUCUUCUAACCCCUUGUAUCCCUGUGCCUAGAAUAAUGUUUAGGAUAUAGUAACUAUUUGUAAGUAUUUAUUGCAAGGAUGCUUUAAAGUAACUAAUUCAGCUUCAAUUUAAGCGGUAAAUUGAUUCUUUAAAAAGAAUUUUCCAGCUGUAGCCAACACUUUUUCAGUAUAUUUUGUAAGAUACCUCAGUUCCUUAUUAUUUCUAUCUCUGUUAAUAAAAGUUUCUAGUAAUGCAAUAUAUCAUGGAAGUAUGUUGCUUUAUAUUAAAGGUCCUGUAGGCACUGAGGAAAGAAUCAUAGAUGAAAAAAACAUCAACAAAAGUAGUAGUGAUUAACCAACACAAUAUCAAGCUGUAAGGAAGUAUUGAGACUCAGUAUAGUUAAAGUUAUUCUUGUAGAAGAGGGAUAUACUUGUUUAUUUAAGUAUAAAUUUUCAGAAAUUGAGUGGCUUCUUGGGGUGCCUGGGUGGCUCAGUCGGUUAAGCGUCCAACUUCAGCUCAGGUUGUGGUCUCAUGGUUCGUGGGUUCGAGCCCUGCAUUGGGCUCUGUGCUGACAGCUCAGAGCCUGGAACCUGCUUCAGAUUCUGUGUCUCCCUCUCUCUGCCCCUACCCUGCUCACACUCUGUCUCUUUCUCUCUCUCAAAAAUAAAUAAAUGUUAAAAAAAAUUAUAAAAAAAAGAAAUCGAGUGGCGUCUUGUCUUAAUAUAUUAGAAAUUUUGUUUGGAUGAUUGUAGCUAAGUCAGAAAAAUUUAGGGGCAUUUUUUUUCUGUUAAUGAUUUUUUUCCCUUCAGCAGUAGAAAUUAGAGUAAUAGAACUACUUAUAGUUUUUCUGACAAGCAGACAUGAGAAACUGCCAAAAAUGCUAUGUAUUUGUUUGGUGUUCUGGUGCCAUCUAUAGUUGAAAAGUAUGUCAUUUUUAAAAUAUUCGUAUAUUUAAGUGAUAUCAGUUUUGUGUGCUAAAUCUUGUUUUAGAUCUUUUAUCUUCCCUUCUACAAUUAGGUUUACAAAGAGUCUUUCUGAUCUUAUGUAAAUUAUAGAAACUGGGACACAAACAAAGUGUUUUAAUUGCUACAAAAUAAAUGGGUUGGAUUUGACUAUUUGUAAAUAUUUUAACCAAUAAAAUGAAAUGUUUCCCUUCUUAUAUUAAUUUCUUUGUUUUUAAACAAAAUUUUCCCUCUUCUUCGUUUCCUAAAGUAACUGCUGUAUGAUCCUAUCAUAAAAUAGUUAGCUAUGUUGUGAAAUUAGUCACUUUGAAAGUUAAGUAUGGCUUUUCCUUAUAUGUAAAACAGAGUAGAUAGAGUACCAUUUUGUUUUAACACUAAAUAGUCCACAGAGCAAUUUUUAAAAUAAAAAUUUAUACAUAUACUGCCUUUUAGUGGUAUAUAAUAAACCAUUCCUAUCAUACUUUGGAUAAAUGUAAAUACAGAACAACUGUUUUCAGACACUGGAUAAUGGACUAUACGGGAUUGUCCUCCCUGAGACAAGGGAAACAAAUGAAGAGAGCCCUGUAAUUACCCUGGUUUUCUGCCCGCAAACCGUUCUAGACUGUGGUGCAGGCAGGAAUAUCCGCAGCAAAGCAGAGUAGUCUUCUUGAAUUGAGGAGGCAGAUUGGAGUUCAGGGAGACUGAAGUGGUUGGAAGUUGAGGGCAGAGUUCUGUAGAGAAAGGAAUGAUAUAGAAAAAGAACUCCAGAAAUCUACCAAAGACUUCUUUGAGUGUUUGAAUACAAGAUGCACUUGUGUAGAGUAGAAACUCUACAAGGUUAAGCAAAGAGCCACUGGAGAACUGUGAGCCAAAAGGUGCCCAGAGUUCACAUGGGACUUGGAGGUAUUUGAAUUUCCAGUGGUCAAAGUGAAAAGUUCUUGUUUGUUGGUCACUGGGACAUGCAAUAAAGAUAUGGAAGAUUCACAUCUUAGUAGUAGAAUCCUAGAGUAAAAGCAUGUCUGGAAUUAGCCUACCCAAGCUUGAAAACAAACCUUGACAGGAUAAAGUGGAAUUAGAAAUAACAGCUUGUGAAAAAAAAAAGAAAAUGCCAAAUGGUCUCUAAAGGAAGAUAACAAAAUUCAGAUAGUCAGUUGCAUAAAAUUAUAAUGUCUAACAUGUGACCAAAAAUUACUAGACAUGUCAAUAAGCCCGAAAAGAUGACCCUUGACCUAGAGAAACAAUCAAUAGAAACAAUCCCAGAAAUUUCAAAAAUGAUAGAAGUAGAAGAAGGAAUUGUUAAUGUGGUUGCAAUUCAGCUGUUUAAAGGAAAACAUGAACGAACAUUGGAGAAAAAUAAAUAGAUAAAAAAGACCACAUGGAACUUCAAGAGAUGAAAAAUAGAGUAUCUGAAAUUACAAAUACACCAGAUGGGAUUUUCAACAGAACAGACCCUAUAGAAAAAAAAUUACUGAACUUGUGGGCCUAGCAAUGUCAGUGUUGUAAGAUGUAGUACAGAGAGAACAAAGACCAGAAAAAAUGUAGAGAACAACAGUGACACAUGAGGACGUAUCAAGCAGUCAGCAUUGUGUAAUUGAAGUUCCUAAAAGAGGAAAGAAAGGGGGAAACAGGGAAAAGAUUAAGAAAUAAUGACUGUAAAUGUUUCAAAUUUGAUGAGCACUAUAAACCCAUAGAUUUAAAAAAUUUGAUGAGGCCCAGGAAGGAUAAACACAAAGGCAACCAUCACUGGAAAAAUCACUGCUUAAAUCUCUUGUUCUUCUGUAGUUCUCUAGUUCUUCUCUAGGAUUUACUUAUUCUUAAAUUAACUGUGUUACAAAAUUAAAUGUUAUUUUAAUUAACCACUUUUGCAGGGAGUGUGGAGGUUCAUGUCAUCCUAAACCUAAAGCAACAGCGUGUCACCAAAGAUUGAAAAUGAUUUUCUUAUUUGGUUUACUUCAUGACCAUUAGGCAAGAGCGCGCGUUAGGAGAUUCUGGCUGCCAGAAUUCCGAGUCUGACCCAGAGGACUUUUCAGAUGAAACCAAUACAGAGAACCUUGAUGGCACCUCUCCCCCCAGCACCCCUCGGCAGAUAAAACGCAUGUCCACCAAGAACCAGAGGAAUAACGUCGGGAGGCCUGCUGGCCGGUCUGGUUUGAAAGAAAAAAUGAAUGCACCAAACCAGCCUCCACACAAAGACACUGGAAAAACUGUGGAGAAUGUGGAAGAAUACAGCUAUAAGCAGGAGAAAAAGAUCCGAGCAGCUCUUAGGACAACAGAGCGCGACCAUAAGAAAAAUGUGCAGUGCUCGUUCAUGUUGGACUCGGUGGGUGGGUCUUUGCCCAAAAAAUCAAUUCCAGAUGUGGAUCUUAAUAAGCCUUACCUCAGUCUUGGCUGCAGCAAUGCUAAGCUUCCGGUAUCCGUGCCCAUGCCUAUAGCCAGAACUGCACGCCAGACUUCUAGGACUGAUUGUCCGGCAGAUCGCUUGAAGUUUUUUGAGACUUUACGACUUCUGCUAAAGCUUACCUCAGUCUCAAAGAAGAAGGACAGGGAGCAAAGAGGACAGGAAAAUACGUCUGCUCUCUGGUUUAACCGAUCUAACGAACUCAUCUGGUUAGAGCUACAAGCCUGGCAUGCAGGACGGACCAUUAAUGACCAGGACCUCUUUUUGUACACAGCCCGUCAAGCCAUCCCAGAUAUUAUCAACGAAAUCCUUACUUUCAAAGUGAAUUAUGGGAGCUUUGCCUUUGUUCGAAAUGGAGCUAGUUUUAAUGGUACUUCAGUAGAAGGGCAGCGCAGAGCCCCUCAUGGAACAAAGAUUGUGGGUUACUCAACAUAUCAUGAGCAUCUCCAACGCCAGAGGGUGUCCUUCGAGCAGGUGAAACGGAUAAUGGAGCUGCUGGAGUACAUAGAAGCACUUUAUCCAUCGUUGCAGGCUCUUCAAAAGGACUACGAAAAAUAUGCUGCGAAAGACUUCCAAGACAGGGUGCAGGCGCUCUGUUUGUGGUUAAACAUCACAAAAGACCUAAAUCAGAAGUUAAGGAUUAUGGGCACUGUUUUGGGCAUCAAGAAUUUAUCAGACAUUGGCUGGCCAGUGUUUGAAAUCCCUUCUCCUCGAUCAUCCAAAGGCAAUGAGCCGGAAGAUGAGGGUGAUGACACAGAAGGGGAGUUGAAAGGGCUGGAGAGUAGUGCGGACGAGAGCGAAGAAGAGCUCUCUGGUCCAAGGGCCCCGGAACCCACACAGCCCACUGACCGCCGUUUCAGCAUCCAUUCUCAGGACUGCGUGUCUAAGAAGCUUGAGCGGCUUGAGUCUGAGGAUGAUUCUGUUGGCUGGGGAGCCCCAGACUGCAGCACGGAAGCAGGCUUUAGUAGACACUGUCUGACUUCUAUUUAUAGGCCAUUUGUAGACAAAGCGCUGAAGCAAAUGGGGUUAAGAAAGUUAAUUUUAAGACUUCACAAGCUGAUGGACGGUUCCUUGCAAAGGGCACGUAUAGCACUGGUAAAGAGUGACCAUCCAGUGGAGUUUUCCGAAUUUCCAGACCCCAUGUGGGGUUCAGAUUAUGUGCAGUUAUCCAGGACGCCAUGUUCCUCGGAGCAGAAAUGCAGCACUGUGUCGUGGGAUGAACUCCAGUCCAUGGACUUGCCCUCAUUUGAACCUGCCUUCCUGGUCCUCUGUCGAGUCCUUCUGAAUGUCAUACAUGAGUGUCUGAAGUUAAGAUUGGAGCAGAGGCCUGCUGGAGAACCAUCUCUCUUGAGUAUUAAGCAGCUGGUGAGGGAGUGCAAGGAGGUGCUGAAGGGCGGCCUUCUGAUGAAGCAGUACUACCAGUUCAUGCUGCACGAGGUUCUGGACGACCUGGAGAAGACCGACUGCAACAUCGAUGCCUUCGAGGAGGACCUGCACAAAAUGCUGAUGGUGUAUUUUGAUUACAUGAGAAGCUGGAUCCAAAUGCUACAGCAGUUACCUCAGGCAUCCCAUAGUUUAAAAAAUCUGUUAGAAGAAGAAUGGAAUUUCACCAAAGAAAUAACCCAUUACAUCCGGGGAGGAGAAGCACAGGCCGGCAAACUUUUCUGUGACAUCGCAGGGAUGCUGCUGAAGUCGACAGGAAGUUUUUUAGAGUUUGGCUUACAGGAGAGCUGUGCCGAGUUCUGGACCAGCGCCGACGACAGCAACGCUUCAGACGAAAUAAGGAGGUCUGUCAUAGAGAUUAGUCGGGCGCUGAAGGAGCUCUUCCACGAAGCCAGAGAAAGAGCCUCCAAGGCCCUCGGAUUUGCCAAAAUGUUGAGAAAGGACCUGGAAAUAGCAGCAGAAUUUGUACUUUCAGCCCCAGUCAGAGACCUUCUGGAUGUUCUGAAAUCAAAGCAGUAUGUUAAGGUACAGAUUCCCGGCUUGGAAAACUUGCAGGUGUUUGUCCCAGACACCCUCGCUGAGAAGAGCAUUAUUCUUCAGUUGCUCAAUGCAGCUGCGGGAAAGGACUGCUCCAAAGAGUCCGAUGACGUCCUGAUUGACGCGUACCUACUGCUCACCAAGCACAGCGACCGCGCCCGGGAUGCCGACGAUGGCUGGGCCGCGUGGGAAGCGCAGCCCGUCAAAGUCGUGCCGCAGGUGGAGACCGUCGAUACCCUGAGAAGCAUGCAGGUGGAUAAUCUUUUACUAGUUGUCAUGCAGUCUGCCCAUCUCACAAUUCAGAGGAAGGCCUUCCAGCAGUCCAUCGAGGGACUCAUGACUCUGCACCAGGAGCAGACAUCCAGUCAGCCGCUCAUCGCCAAGGCUUUGCAGCAGCUAAAGAAUGACGCGCUAGAGCUUUGCAACAGAAUAAGCGAUGCCAUCGACCGAGUGGACCACAUGUUCACUUCCGAAUUUGAUGCGGAGGUUGACGAAUCUGAGUCUGUUACGCUGCAGCAGUACUACCGCGAGGCGAUGAUUCAGGGGUACAACUUUGGUUUCGAGUAUCAUAAAGAAGUUGUUCGUUUGAUGUCUGGAGAGUUUAGACAGAAGAUAGGAGACAAAUAUAUAAGCUUUGCCAGGAAGUGGAUGAACUAUGUCCUAACUAAAUGUGAGAGCGGUCGAGGUACAAGACCCAGGUGGGCAACCCAAGGUUUUGAUUUUCUACAAGCCAUUGAACCUGCCUUUAUUUCAGCUUUGCCAGAAGAUGACUUCUUGAGUCUUCAAGCCUUGAUGAAUGAAUGCAUUGGCCAUGUGAUAGGAAAGCCGCACAGUCCUGUUACAGGUUUGUACCUUGCCAUCCAUCGGAACAGUCCCCGUCCCGUGAAGGUGCCGCGAUGCCACAGUGACCCUCCUAACCCACAUCUGAUUAUCCCGACUCCAGAGGGAUUCAGCACUCGGAGCGUGCCUUCAGACGCGCGGAGCCACGGCGGCCCUGCUGCUGCCGUCACUGUGGCCGCCGCCGGCCGGCCCGGUCCCUCCGGCAGCGACGCUGUGCCGCCCAAACCCAUCAGCGGUGCCCAUGACACCAGGGGUUCCAGCGUCCCUGAGAACGACCGGCUGGCUUCCAUAGCUGCGGAGUUACAGUUUCGGUCCUUGAGCCGCCACUCAAGCCCCACCGAGGAGCGCGAUGAACCAGCAUAUCCAAAAGGUGAUUCAAGUGGGUCAGCUCGAAGAAGUUGGGAACUUCGGACACUUAUCAGCCAGACUAAGGACACUGCUUCCAAACAAGGACCCAUAGAGGCUAUCCAGAAGUCGGUCCGAUUGUUCGAAGAAAAGAGGUAUCGAGAAAUGAGGAGAAAGAAUAUCAUUGGUCAAGUUUGUGAUACCCCUAAAUCUUAUGAUAAUGUUAUGCACGUAGGCUUGAGGAAGGUGACCUUCAAGUGGCAAAGAGGAAACAAAAUUGGGGAGGGGCAGUACGGGAAGGUCUACACCUGCAUCAGUGUCGACACUGGCGAAUUGAUGGCUAUGAAGGAGAUUCGGUUUCAGCCCAACGACCAUAAAACCAUCAAGGAAACCGCAGACGAACUGAAAAUCUUUGAGGGCGUCAAGCACCCCAAUCUGGUUCGGUAUUUUGGUGUGGAGCUGCAUAGAGAAGAAAUGUACAUCUUCAUGGAGUACUGUGACGAGGGGACAUUAGAAGAGGUGUCGAGGCUGGGACUUCAGGAGCACGUCAUCAGGCUGUAUUCAAAGCAGAUCACCGUUGCCAUCAACGUCCUCCACGAGCACGGCAUAGUUCACCGAGACAUUAAAGGGGCCAACAUCUUCCUCACCUCGUCUGGACUCAUCAAGCUCGGGGAUUUUGGAUGCUCCGUAAAGCUUAAAAACAACGCACAGACCAUGCCGGGCGAAGUGAAUAGCACCCUGGGGACUGCAGCAUACAUGGCUCCAGAAGUCAUCACUCGCGCAAAAGGAGAAGGCCACGGGCGUGCCGCUGACAUCUGGAGUCUGGGGUGCGUCGUCAUAGAGAUGGUGACUGGCAAGAGGCCUUGGCAUGAAUAUGAACACAACUUCCAGAUUAUGUAUAAAGUGGGCAUGGGGCACAAGCCACCGAUCCCUGAAAGACUAAGCCCAGAAGGAAAGGACUUCCUUUCUCACUGCCUUGAAAGUGAGCCCCGGAUGAGGUGGACGGCCAGCCAGCUCCUCGACCACGCCUUCGUCAAGGUUUGCACAGAUGAAGAAUGAAGCCAGUUGGUCUGUGGCCUGGUGGUGUGUGUGCUCGGAGAAUCCUCUCUCUCAAUCACUACUGUAUGUAAUAUUUACAUAGAGACUGUGCCGAGAAGCAGUGUAAGCCUUUCUAACCUUCCAAGACUGAGGACUGCACAGGCGACAAGCGUCACUCGUCCUGCUGCUCCUGUUUGUCCGAUGUGGCGCGGGGCCCUUCCGCGUGACGGUGUCCACGAGGUAAAGAAGCUGCAUGUUAAGUGCCAUUACUACUGUACACGGACCAUCGCCUCUGUCACCUGUUUCUCGUGUGACUGAGGACCGUGACGUCAGUGUAGUAUUUUUGACCUUCCCGGGUUCAAAAGCAGUUGUAGUGUUAUCGGUGUCCUGGGCCUUGUUGUUAAACUUCUUGUUUGUCGAGUGCACUGACUGUGAAACCUUACCUUUUUGUCGUUGGCAAGCCACGGGCUUGUUACGCAAAGGCUGAUUGACGAAAUUUCAGAAAAAGGUUCUUUUUUCAAUAAAUGGUUUAUUUUAGGAAA